CAACCCUUAAGCUAGCGAGCUGGCUAGUAGGAAACUGCUUGCUUUCAUAGAUACUCGCUAGACCUAAAUCACAUCUAUCAGACUGGCAUUAUCAAUCACUGUGGAGCCAGGUCCACAGACUCUAUAUUAGGCUCGGAACUGCAAAGGCCAACGCUAUAAACUAAUGAUCUGGUGGACUUUGGCAAACCGAAAGUAAAGUAGAAGGAUUAGCAUUAUGGGGAUUCGGAGCGUUUUAAUUACUUUUCCUGCCUAAAUUGUUUCGCUUUGUAUAUAUCAUGCCUUAGUGAAAUCUUCAGAUAAUAAGUUGCUUCACCGAAAAGGUUAGCAAUUAAAGAUCUUGGGAUCAACAUCUGUUUUGUUAAUUUCCCACCGCAAAUAAACCGUUUUAUCGUUCUACAUGGACAACACGGUGACAAUACAACAUAGGUGGUUAUGUAUUGUUGUUAUGUUUACACUUUACAUGGAUUUACCGGUACUUUUUGGACUUCACUGAACAAAUAAAUACGGCGAAUUUAAGAUCGGCAUUCUUAUCCUGGAAGCAGUUUCACAUCUUUUAUCAUGUUUAAACUGCUUACACUUUUGUUCCCUUGAUUAUGUUCAUUGAUAUUUCAGUUAACUAAUAUUUUGCGACUGUACGUGAUGAGAUGUUCGUUCAUACGACAUAAAAAGGACUUUCCAUUGUUCUUUCCCAUAACAUAAAGGAAGUUGCUGAUAAGAUGUAUAAUCCGGAUGGGAAUUGUCAUCAAAUAUCCGGAAAUGGAACUUCUAACUCCGGCCUCGUGAUAGAUUCUACAUCUAAUAGCAAUGGAAGUAUUUACGACACAUGCCAAGGUCGAAAUGAAACCAGAGGAAUAAACUACAGCAUGACUGCAAGUGCAAUAUUCGACAGAAAUGGCGAGAUUCGCAUACCGCUGUACUGUCUUAUUUUCGUGCUGUCUCUCACUGGUAAUUUGUUGGUCAUUAUCACACUAGCCCAGAACAGACGAAUGAGAACAGUGACGAAUGUAUUUCUGUUGAACUUGUCCAUCAGUGAUCUACUUUUGGCUGUGUUUUGUAUGCCUUUUACCCUGGUCCCACAGCUAAUGCGACGGUUUAUCUUCGGAGAAUUCGUCUGCAUUGCGAUCCGUUAUUUUCAAGGAGUUUCCGUGGGAGUGAGCUGCUUCACACUUGUGACCAUCUCCUCUGAGCGAUAUUUUGCCAUCUGUCAGCCUCUUCGUUCCCGACGAUGGCAGACUGUGUCUCAUUCCUACAAGAUCAUCGUGGCAAUAUGGCUUGGUGCUCUGGUCAUUAUGAUUCCAAUCGCAUUGGGUACAAAACUGAUGAAGUUGAGGUCAGGACCCUAUGCGUGUCGUGACCUCUGGGAUAACCUGGUACUGGAGAUUGUCUACACGAUCGGUCUAGUCAUCAUCCUUCUUGUCGUCCCACUCAUUGUCAUGAGCGUCGCAUAUGGACUUAUAAUACACAGGCUGUGGGUGGAUAUACGUCACCAGACUCAAGCCCCGAGUGAAUUAUCCACUCCCCAACGUUUCGUUGGAUUCAGUAGAACGUCUAGCAACAGCGAAUCGGAACUACGUUCUUUGAAGAGCAUGGGCAACGGGUCAGACUAUACAACCGGCGGCCAUGUUAGUCUGAGACAGAUAAACCCACACACCAACGUAUCAAACCGGAAACGCGUCAUCAGGAUGCUGGUAGUGAUUGUGAUGGAAUAUUUCAUGUGUUGGACGCCAUUGUAUGUCAUAAACACCUGGGUCAUUGUGGAUUAUCCUAGCAUACAUGAACGGGUCUCUGCAAUAGGAUGGUCGCUUAUUCAAUUACUCGCUUACACCUCCUGCUUUAUUCACCCUAUAACAUACUGCUUUAUGAACAAGAAUUUCAGGAAAGGAUUUCUCUCGGUAUUUCAGUGCGAUAAAGGCCAACGACGAAGGACACUGGUCACACGGAACGGGACGGAAGUCAGCUCCAUGCCCUCGCUGUCUACUCAAUCGCCUAUCAUUAAAGAGAAACUGAAGAUGGGCGUGUUGUAUAGUAAAGUAUCACCAGACGACUGAUAAACUUGCUCUAGGCCUUCUCGUUUACGAUAGACCGUGUGUUUAAUGGGUCGAUAGACAUAUGGUACCUUGAUUUAACGACCUGACUCUAGGUACUUCAAAGGUGUACGUUUAUGUCACUUGAAGUUUGAGUUAAUGAUUCUUCGGCAAGAUUUUGAAAAUAUAUAGCUGCUAGAAUGUAUUCAAUGAAGAAAUAACAUUUGUGUGAAGAACUGCUGAAAGUAUUGAAUGUGGCAUUUAUCUAUUGUUUUCAGAGAUUUUCUUUGUAGCUUUAAUGUUUUGGUGAAGGUGAAGUUUAAACUUGUAUCAUAUAUAUUUUGUGAAUUAAAUUUAAACCUGUGUAAAAUGGCGGACACACAAUUAUUGUUAUUCUGUAGAUCCAAGACAAUGCAAUUAUAUUUCAAAGAAAUUUGGCUUAUGGCUCUCCUUGACGCUAUAGCUGUAGUGCCGUUUUAUUCAAGUAAAAGUGUUAUAAAUCAUGUUUAAUGAUGGGAUUAUUAAUUAACUGUACCUGAUGCCAUAGCUGGUGCAAUAGAUAUAUUAGACGAUUACAAGUCUCUAUGAAGCCAUAUGAUAUAUUUUGGAAGGUUUCCCAUCUACAUAAUUUGCAGACUGGCAGAACAGACAAUUUGGUGUAAAUAGGGUCGUGCGACCUAGAUUUACAACUUCGGAAAAAAAAAAGAUUUUUUCAUUACCAAGAAGGAACACACGUAUUUACAGAGUGACUAUACACAUACUCUUAAUUAUCUUAAUUAAAUACAAGGAUAAGAUAAGGCUUAGUACCGUCGAACACAGAAAAUGUAUGGCAUUUGGUAUACAGACAUGUAUAUGGUACCAAGCUAUACUUAGGAUAAAAGUCUGCACCUUUCUGAAUACUGAUAUCUACAGGACAUCCUCUGAUUAUAUAUAUAUAUAUACACUGCAAAUGUCCAUAUAACAAUAUCAACAAUGUCCUGUUAAAAUACAUUGUGAUUGGUGUAUACAGAAGGAAUCGGAAGGACCCUUUUAUGAAAAAGAGGACAUUGGAAUUAUCAUUUUAUAAGUAUAUAAUGUAAAAUCCUUUGUUUUCAAGGGGUAUUAUUUUCUUAAGCAACGAAUUCAUAUGUCCUGAAUUUAUACCGUUGCAAUUUGACAUUAAAAUUUACAUGAGUGGAACCUAUGGGUAAUAUUUAUCAACGAACCAAGUCUCCGCGAAACAGUGUUUAAGAUCUAGUAAAAUAAAUCUAACCAAACUGAUGUAAUUUAUAACUAGGUAUCACUCUAGAUAAUCGCUACGUUUGAGAAGAAUUCACCCUUAGUAUUUAGAAAAAGGUAUGACACACUUUGCAUGAAACAAAUGCAUAUAUAAUAGUGCUUAGUAAUAUCCCGAUAAUUUACUGAUGUAAAUAAUUGUUAUGUUGGUAAGUUGACUUUAGAAUAAUUAUGAUUGUAUUGGCAUCCUGGGUGAAUUAUUAAACACCUGGAAAGUAU